AUGGAUAUUUUUCAUAUUAAAAACUGUCGUUUUUCUCUAGCAAACCUCACAUCAAUAAUUCUUUUGUUAUCUUCAUUUUUGAUUUCUAAUGUCAAAUCUUUGCCAUCUCCAUUCUCUUCUUCAGCUAGAAUUAUCCCUACAUGUUCCACCGUUUCCUUUACAUCUUUUUCACAACCUUCAUCCAACAAUAUUACUGAUUUACCUUUUACCACCAAUGUUUCUGAAUCAGACUAUACCAUAUAUUUUAUUGAUGCAUUCAUACUAGUACUAGAUAUUUGUAUCGGAAUUUAUGUUUUUUCUUUACAUAGAAAUAUGAAAAAUAGAGAUAUAAAAGAAUUCGAAUUCACUUCAAUGGUUUUACUUACCUUUUUAAGUAUGAUUCUUAGCACACUUGGAAUGAUCACUGGGAUCAUUGGGUUUGACGAAGAAGCUGGACCCGGUGCAAUAAUACAAGGAGUAGCAGUUGUGCUUUUUUGGGCGUAUCUGGGUUUAAAUAUAAUAAUAGGAAGGAAGUUAGGUUUUAGUAAUUCAAAUAUUUUAGACGAAGACCUUACAGUAUGCGAAGAAGACCGUAUAAUCUCCACAGCUUUCGUGAUUUUAUUAAAUGCGGUUCGUUUGUAUGUUACUACAAAAAACCUCAAUUUUUUUAUUAUUGAGAUUUUUAAAGUAAUUGCAAUUUUGAUCAGUAAUUAUAUUGGAUUUCUAAAACCAAUAACAUUGGCUAUACCAUCAAUUAUCCAAGGCGUGAUUUUAUUACAUCUUGAAGGCGAUGAUGUCAUCACAAGUAGACACUUGGUAUGGUUUGCAAUUAGUUUACCUUCAGUAAUAGCUUUGCUUAUUCCAUUGCUUGCCGCAGCUAAUGGAGGAGUGGUCGUUGGUGCAGCAUACGGGAUUUACGCAUUAACGACAUGUCCUGAUGUGGUUUUAAAAAGAUUGGAUGGACAACAACCUUGGAAUAAAAUCAAGCAACAUCAAAAUUAUAAACUUAUGACGAUUAAUAAAGAGUUUUUCGACUCUCGUAAAGGUUUAGAGUCACCUUCAAAACGUUAUUAA